ACGAUAUUCAAAUAUUAAGCAUCCACCAUGAGCGAUGCUGGCCCCAAUGGCGGCUAUCAGAAAAUGCCGCCCGGCUGGGACUGUAAAUAUGAUCAGGCAACGGGCAACUGCUAUUACAUAAACUAUCUGACCAAGGCAAUGCAGCUGGAGGAUCCACGUGGCGGACGCAACUACAAACAGUUGCAAAACGAACGCUGCUCCACAGAGUCGAUAGCGUUGCAGCACAUUGCACCGAACUCCCAUCACAGUUCACCCUAUCACGUCGUGCAUCCCAGCAAUAAUCUAACAGCGGUGCGUGCCUUCCAGGACCGUGAACGCCACCAGCCCGCCCUCCACAAUCUAUCAACGAGUCCGCUGCUCUCCGCCUCCUCGCGCGGCCAACUGGAAAUGUCAUCGCCGUUGCCCUUUCAGCGUGCUCGGCUGGCUUCAAAUAUGUCGCGUCGCUCCACGAUACAGGAGACAUCGUUUAGUCAUCCAAGUGAGACACAGGCGGUGGUCACCAAAAUACAGAACAUGUUCCCCACUGCCGAUGAGAACCACAUUCGUCUGCUAUUGAAACGCUAUUAUAAUCGCGAGGCCGUCGUCAUCAGUGCGUUGCAGGUGGAGAAGCAUCCGGUGACGAUGCCGGGUCCGUUUGUGACGCCGCCAGCGCAGCGGCAUCUGUUCCACAGCAAUUCUGCUUUCUAUAUGACACCACCGGCGCGCCGCCUGGACAUGGGCGCUAGCCGGGUAACAGUCACUUCACGCACGGCCAGCCCUCUGCCCGGCGGCCGUAUUGGUAGUCUCAUGAGCAUGCACAGUGCCACUCCCCCCCUGACUGCCGCCCAUGCUGUUCACGGGGUGGGAGUUGUGGGUCUGCACGGUUCGCCGCAGUGGCGCAGUUCACCCAAACCACAUUCAUCGCCCAAAAUGAAGUUGAGAUACAUGAAGAAUAUUUUCCCCAAGGCGGAUGAGAUGCUGCUGCUCGAUAUUUUGGCCAAUGCGGACAACAAUGUGCAGUUCGCCUCGGAGAAGCUGAUUUCAUUGGGUUACACCAAGAGGGAUAUGCAGCUGCCGCACAGACCCAACAAUCGUCCCCCGCAGAUGGGAACGGAUCAGCAGGCUGGCAAUGAUCAGGCUGUCAGGCACAUUCCACUGCGUCCCAAGGAGUACACAGCCGAGGAGAAGACAGACAUGGAGGCACUGCUCAAGGAGAGGUAUCCCCAAGUCGCUGAGCGCAUUAUUCUAAUGGCUCUGGAGUCUGUCAACUAUGCCGAGGAUCGUGCUACGCAAAUACUGCAAAUCGUUCAGGACGAGGAUGAGCAACGCAAUCAGAAGCAGGCUGUGGCCAAUGGCUUGGCCUUGGACAGCAUCCAAACGGUUGUAACGGAUCAAAUGGAUGCACCUGCUCCACUCAGCAAGCCACAUAAGCUGCACCGUCACUUUCCAUCCAUCAAUGUCACCACACCGACAACGGCCACCACACAGAUCAUUCUUAGCAAUACGCCAACGCAGGAAACAGAUAAUGAUUAUGGGAAUGAGAAGGUGACGGUGGCAGCCGCCGUUCCCGAGGCAAGCCAGAAAACCACAUUGGUCACAUCACCCAUUUCCAGUGCAUCAACGCAUUCAUAUGCCUCACCAGUCACCCAGUCACCCUACGAACGCCUCACCACCAAAAGCAUCCUGGCGCGUUCCCUCAACAACAAUAACAAUUACAACAACAAUAACAACAGCUAUGGCAUCAGCGGCUAUUUGCAUGGCUCGCAUAGCAGUGCGAGCAGCUAUUCCUCCUAUUCCACAUCAAUGACGUCCUCAUCUUUGGCAUCCGCCUCGGCCAGCUCCAUAACGAAGGCAAUUGAAAGUCGCGCGCGCAUCAAACCCGAUUCACUGAAACAACGUCAGCAUUCUUCGCUCUUGGAUACCGCACACAAUUUGGAAUCCUCGGAAUUUCAAUCGCUUAUCGAAAGAAUGGCCACAUUAGGACCCAAUUCGCAGCUGACCAAAGGAGCCGAUGAGAAUCUCUUGCUUGCUGAUUAUGUCACCUGGAAUGGUCCAAAUACGACGUUGACCCAGAAGCAUAUACCACAUGGAGCGGAUGCCAGUUUGUUGAAUGGAGAGCGUAGCUACAAGCCAAGUGGACGCAAUGCGGAGCUGUGCAAGGGUGCCAAGAAGGAUCUGACCAAGGGUAGCAUUUAUGCGCAGGGCAAGGGAGCCAACAUUAAAUGCAACUAGGACCCUCGAAGCAGCAAAGCCCUUUCUUUCGAGUGCC